AUUCGGUGUAAUAUCCAUUGCAGGCGUGCGCGUGCCGCCGGUGAUGGCGGAGCGGCUGGAGCACGUGGAGCGGCACAGCGCGGAGUUCAGCAAGCUGUACUGCACGCGCGCCAUCAUCCAGCACACCGAGUGCUACAACGCCUCCGUGCUCGACUGCUCCGUCACCUUCAUGGUGGACAAGAACAUCUGUCUGCUGGGCGUGCAGGUGCCGACGCAAGCGCCGUGCGAAGAGAGCGGAGUCGCGGUUAGCGCAGCGGCCAGUUACAGCGAGCUGCUCUACGCGCAUCUUCUCGACGCGGACGGCGCGCGGCUCACCUACACGCACUACACGGCGCGCGUGCCGCACCGCCACCUGCUCGACAUCAUGUUCAACCGGCCCGUCUACAUCCAGCGGAACAAGGUCAGCCACUGACGUCAUCUACACGCACUACACGGCGCGCGUGCCGCACCGCCACCUGCUCGACAUCAUGUUCAACCGGCCCGUCUACAUCCAGCGGAACAA